AUGUCAACAGAGAUUCCGCCACCAACUGCAUCCGCCGCAGUCGAAUCAGCCGUCGCCGCUGAAUCGUCAACUCCUGCCUCGACCUACCACAAGGGAAUCUCACCCAUCAAACCUGAAUACCUUCUUCCCAAGCCAGCUGCCAAGGAGGAGACUAUUGCCCACCUCAGCGAGGCUAUCGAGGCAGAAGGCGAUCAGGGACGCACUGAGGCUGACGGAAACACUCCUGAGGUCAACGACAACAACAAGCGCGACCGCAGAGAUAAACAUGUCAAGAACAACAGGAAGAAGCGUGGCGGGGGACAGAAUCAGGAUCGUGUUGUGACGCGUCGUAUCGAAGAUGAGGUUCAGCUUUGCUUCAAGGUUGCCAAAGGUGUUGAGUGCGACAAGGGUGACAGCUGCAAGUUCAACCACGACAUUAAGAAGUACCUGGAUGCAAAGGACAAGGACAUUGGCGAUCGUUGCGUGAACUUUGAGAACACUGGCGAGUGUCACUACGGAUACAAGUGCAGAUAUUUGGGAGCCCAUAUGGAUGCUGACGGCAAACUCACCAAGGACGAGGCAAAGAUGGCUGCGGCUGAGAACAACACUAAGAACGUCUUUUCCCACGAAUUGACCUUGAACCUCCGAUCCUUCAAGUUCGACUUCUCGCGCUCAGAGGCAUACCUGAAGAAGAUGGCAGAUGAGUUGGCAGAGGCGUCUAAGGAACAGGCCAAAAAGACCGAAUCUACACACACCCCAACAGAAAGCACCCUUACCCCUGCUGUCGAGUCUGCGACUGAGGCCCCUGCAGAGAAGGAUCUCUCGGAAUUGGAGAACAGAGAUGUCAAGAUGCCAAAGGCAACUAUCGUUCAGGAGGAAAUCAGCCACCCAGAUACACCUGACGUCAAGAUGCGCCCAGCAGAAAAGAAGAGGAUCGACUUCCGCGGCAAGACCUACUUGGCCCCUUUGACGACAGUUGGAAACCUUCCCUUCCGUCGUAUCUGCAAGGAGUACGGAGUUGAUAUUACCUGCGGAGAGAUGGCGAUGGCUAGCAACUUGGUUCAGGGUCAGAAGGCAGAGUUGGCGCUCCUGAGACGCCACAAAAGUGAGGACAUUUUCGGAGUGCAACUGACUGGCAAUAAGAUUGAUGUUGUUAUCAGAGCCUGUGACAUGAUCAACCAAGUUGCCGAGGUUGAUUUUGUCGAUCUCAACAUGGGAUGCCCCAUCGACCUUGUCUUCAACGCUGGUGCUGGAAGUGGACUCUUGGGCUCUCCCGGCAAAAUGAGGAGGAUGAUUACAGGAAUGAAGUCGGUCUUGGAUGUCCCUGUCACAGUCAAGUUCAGAAUGGCGAUUCACGACAAGAAGCCAAUCGGUGUCAACUUGACCCCUCAAUUCCAUAACCUCGGUGCUGCUCUCGGAACUCUCCACGGACGAUCGCGUCAACAGCGCUACACCAAGCUUGCAGAUUGGGACUACAUCAGUCAAUGCGCCCAGACCGACCGUGGUAUUCCAGGAAACGAUAACUACAUGCCCCUCUUUGGUAAUGGAGAUAUCCUCGGACCUUCGGACUACUACCGGCACUUGAACGAGCACAAGGUUGAUGGCUGCAUGAUUGCACGCGGUGCCUUGAUGAAGCCCUGGAUUUUCGAGGAGAUCAAGUCAAACCGCGACUGGGAUAUUUCUUCAGGCGAGCGAUUUGACAUGAUGAAGCGCUUCUGCGAUUUCGGACUUGAGCACUGGGGUUCUGACACUCAGGGAGUCAACCAAACAAGACGUUUCUUGUUGGAGUGGCAGAGUUUCUUGCAUCGCUAUGUCCCUGUUGGAUUGUUGGAGGUGUUGCCUCAGAGGAUCAAUGACCGCCCCCCAGCAUUUGUUGGGCGCAAUGACUUGGAGACAUUGAUGGCUUCACCCGAUGUGAGCGACUGGAUCAAGCUGAGCGACAUGAUGCUUGGACCAGCACCAGAAGCCUUCCGCUUCGAUCCUAAGCACAAGGCCAACUCGACCACUGUCGAGGGUUAA